AUGCCGCAGUGCAUCGACGAGGCCGCGUAUCGCGAGCGUCGCCAGGGCAAGGGCACUGUGGCCAGGUCCUUGAAGCCGGCAUUGGAAGCAGGCCCUCCACGAGCUUCUCGAGCAGCGUGGCAUUACCAACUGCGACCAGCAUGGUUGGACCAAGGUACCUCUGGGCAUGUAGGCUACCUCAGCGAGGAUAAAGAAGGACUGCAAGGCCAAGACAAGGCCUACAUCAAGAGACGUAGGCAAGUCCCUCUCAUGAAGCGCAACGCUACCUCCUCCUCCUCUUCCUACUCUGGCCGCAAACGAGGUGCUACCUCCUCCUCGUCGUCUGGCAGCAAGCGCGACGCUACUUGCUCCUCCUCCUCCUCCUCCUCCUUCUCCUCCUCCCCCUCCGCGUCUGGUCGCAAAGGGGUUGCCACUUCUUCCUCCUCCUCCUCCUCCUCCGCUGCGGCCUCGUCUUCGAAGAAGCCGCAGGCCGCUUCAUCCUCAAAGAGAAGCAGGCCAGGCUCGGCCAAGUCUGCAUCCAAGGGGGAGGGAGAAGGGGAUGCAGAGCAAGGAGACGGAACAUCAAGCGCUGCGCUGGGCGACGGGGACGAGAUUCGCCUGCUCAGCGAUGUAGGCGUCGACCCUCGGGCGUUCCUCCAGCUGGUGCGCGAGAGGGAAGAGGCGUGGCGCAGCAAGCCCGCAGCCGAUGCUGAGCCAGACUUCGUCGACAACGACGGCACGGAGUGGUUCGAGACUCCGAUCGUCACGACAAAGGCGACGUUUCUCAAGGAUCGAGAGAGCCGCAAGAUGUACACCCUCUUGGCCAGGCCAGAGCCCAAGACUGGUCAGCCCGGCACGUCGCUGGAGAAGGGCUUCCGUCUCCUGAGGAAGAUCGCGGGGGAGCAAGUGGAUCUCAAGUGCCAGAUCCCUCCCACCCUCAACCGUGGUAUCGGAGCGCUCGAGACCGCCAUCAAGAGGGGCGAUACGGCAAGCUCCGACCUCUCGGCUGUGCCCCGCUGCGUCGUAUACGCCGAGAUGGUCCUCGACGCCAAUUCGUGGGCUGCCGUCUACCUGGGCAAGAGCUUCUUCUGGGCAAGGAGGGGAGGUCACCACAGGGCGCAAGUCGUCAAGGCCGAGGCUGUCGGUGCCAGGUUUUUCCCGCUGCAUUACCAAUACGCAGCCGGGAAAGAGGUGCUCUGCUUCGACUGGGCACGUAUCAACGAUCGCGUGCCGCUCAAGGAGCAGGACCUCCUCUUGUCGGUGCUGGAGCCUCUCCUCGCCGCCAACGUCGGAGCCUGCCAAAGGCUGCCGGGGAUUCUCAAGGCGAGAGCCAACGUUGCCCUUCCCUCGCUCCACAACGUCACUGGCCUGAACGGCAACAUGGCCAUCGACGGGCCGCGCUACCCUGGGAAUGCGAAGCUCACAGAUCGCACCGGCCUCGACGAUUAUCGUGAGGUUGUGGGAAUGACGAAGCUGGCCCUGGCGACGUCGACGCUCGCCAACGCAGUGGCAGACACGGCGACCAGCAACGUGGCGGCGGCGAGGCAGCGAGCGGCAGACGCGACUGCAUUCCUGGCAUACGCUCGCGCUAUGCAGGAGGCGAUGAUGUCCAGCCUGUACUUUGCUGGCAUGCCACAGGAGUGGAAGCGUGAGAGCGUCUUUAAGGCUCUGAAUAUCGUCGUGCUUGCCGGCAGGAUGGAAGCUCUUUUCCCAGGUGAGGCGUCUGGCACCGCUUCAGCACGCGUCCGCUACAUCGACGCGUCCGACGACCCGAGCGAGCUCAUCGUCGCAAGCUGGUGGGAGGAGGCCCCCAUCCGCCGCGGCAUGGUCGUUGAGAUUUGCCGCGCUGAUGGCAAGGUCAAGGGCACGGACAAAUAUCCUCUCAAGAUGCACAGCGGUCAAAUACCUUUGAGUGCCCCGUACGAGCGAGUAUCGGAUCAGCUUUUCUCCUGGAGGAGCGAUGCUGACAAGGCCGAGCGUCUCGAGCAGAAGAGGGCAAUUGAGGCCGACAUCGAGGCCUGCAAGGCUGCGUGUCCCGAUUUUUCCAACCUCAAGCCUCGUUUGCAGAGGCUCGUCGCGGGCAGAUGGCUCAUGAGGGACUUGAGGCAGCUUUUGGUCGAGGAGGAGGAUGGCAAGCGCCGCGUCGUCAAGAUCGGAACCAACAAGGGUCGCAAGGCGGAGCAAGAGCGAAUGAGGGCGCUGCUGGGUCAUCACAAGGUUGCGCGCGGCAGUCAGGAAAGGCACCCUACCGUCUUGGCUCCAUUGCCCGAAGAGGCGCAUCUGGGCUUUGAGCUCAUGGCUUCAAACGGAGCGUGGAGGAUGUUCACUCACAAAUUCGUUCCCCAGAUUAGUAACGACGUCAAGAAGCAAGGCUUGGCGCCGCGCCCAUACCCCUAUCCUGCUGGAGUGACAGUGAACCCCUGGACCGUCCGUCGCAGUGGGCAUAGUUGGACGAUUGUCCCAGACAAGAAGACCACCGUCUCCCUUCCGACCGCCCUGAUGGAGGCACUUUUCGGCGAAGGGCCUUGGGUCGCUGGUGAGCUCAAGGCUGACUUCGUCACGAACAUCUCCCCCCCCUCAUGCUGGAGCGCUGAGAAGUUCAAGACCUGGAUUAGGCGCCCCGCAGUGACCGGCGACAACAUCGUGCCAGCAAGCCCGUGGUAUCAGUACAAGUGGCACAAGGCAGCUGUCCGAGUAGCGCAAUACGAUUGUCUCAAUGCGCUGAGGCAGGACUGGUCCAAGGGACGCAAGCCUUUCCCGAAAGUCGCGCUGCCGACAGGUGCGCUGCAAUUUUAG